AUGUCCUCUUGCCGGCAGGCCGCGAGGCCACUGGCCAAAUGUCUGCGGCACGACGCUCUCCAGCUGCGUCCCUUCACAACCACGCCCUCGGCCCCAGCAGAAGUCUACAAGGUCGUUCGUGAUCGCCCCGAAGGCACCCCCGACCCCCUCGAGCUCGACCCCAACACGGCCGUCGCGCCCUGGGCCGAGAAGGAUCUCUGGAAGGCCGGCACACCGCCUGUGGGCUCUCGUCGUCGUCGUUAUGCCAUUCGCACCUCGCAGAACCUGCCCUUUGAGCAGCUGCCCUACCAGGCCUUCCAGGAGGCGCGCAAGAUUCUCGCCCUCGAUCGCCAGAAGAAGGUCGAAGCCAUUGCUGCCGAGGUGGAGAAGAUGCGCAAGAUUCGCGAGACCGACGUCGCGCUGUUCAGGGGCGGCGAGAAGAAGAGGGAGAUGAAGCUCGAGAGCAUUAGGAGGCACAUUGAGCAUCUCAAGAUCCAGGCCGACAUUAACGAUCCCGCCGUCAAGAGGCGGUUCGAGGACGGACUCGGUGACAUGAGCAAACCCAUCUACCGCUACCUCGCCAAGCGCCGCUGGGAGGGCUACAACAAGAAGAUCGUGGAGCAGCGUAUCAGCCAGUUCCACAUCACCCCCGACAUCCUCCCCAAGCUGACGCCCACAUACGACGUCGAGCUGCACUUCCGCCGCUCCAAGAUCCCCGCCGGCAAGAUCCUGCCCUCGAACCUGACCGAGGUCGCCCCGCGCCUGCGCGUCCAGCCCUUUGACGCCGGUGAGCGCCUCGUCACCGUCGCCAUCGUCGACCCCGACGUCCCCGACACAGAGUCCGACGCCUUCUCCAAGCGCUGCCACUUCCUCGCCGCCAACAUCCCCGUCUCGCCGACCGACCCCUCGCUGCCCCUCGGCCGCCUCAACCGCGACGCCCACAUCGCGGUCCCCUACCUCCCCGCCUUUGCCCAAAAGGGCGCGCCCUACCACCGCCUCGCCAUCUUCAUCCUCGACCAGCCAGGCAACAAGCCCCUCGACAUUGCCGCCCUGCGCGCGCAGUACAGCAAAACGACCGUCGCCGACGAGUCGUCCUCCUCCUCCUCUUCUUCUUCCACCGUCGCCGCCCCCGCCCCCGCCCCGGCCACGGGCUUCUCCCUCAAGUCCCUGCGCGACAAGUUCGCCCUGACCCCGACGGGCUUCACCCUCUUCCGCACCGUCUGGGACGAGCACACGGCCGACGUCAUGCACCGCGCCGGCGUCCCCGGCGCCGACGUCGAGUUCCGCCCCAACCGCGUCUACAGCAUGAAGCCCCCCAAGGCCCCGCGCGGCUGGGAGGCCAAGCGCCAGGGCCCCAAGUACCGCCACCUCUGGAAGUACACCAAGCGCAUCCGCGGCCUGUCCAACGCCAAGGGCUGGAUCGUCAAGAAGCGCGCCGACGGCAACGGCAAGCGCGGCUGA